ACCUGAAUUUCUUUAACCAGUCCUCUGUAUUACUUACAUAUUUAAUUUUUUUUUUUUUGGAAUUGAUUAGUUAGAGGGGGCAUCAAUUUAGAAUUCCUUGACAAAAAGCAGUUGACCUCACUCAGUGAAAAUGCAAGGUGAAGCCCACGUCCUCAUAUCACAGAUGCAUGUGACCAGGUGGUGCUGCCUCCGUGCGCUUCUUCCUGUUCCUUCUCCAGAAUGUCAGAGGGACGUGCUCCCACAGGAGGCUUUUCCUCCAGGUAGUGUUAGGAGAUUUGUAGGCAGGUGAAUAUGGGAGUUGUAAGGAAGACCAAGUUUCUCAUCAUCCCAUUGUCUUUCUUCCUCCCCAUUGGAACCGUUGAGUAUUUCAUCUUCUUCCAGAAGCAGCAGGAAAUGAACAUGGCUCAGGGAUCCGUGUCAUUCGAAGACGUGACUGUGGAGUUCACCCAGGAGGAGUGGCCAUACCUGGGCCCCGCUCAGAGGGCCGUCUACAGAGAUGUGAUGCUGGAGAACUACAGCCACCUGGUCUCCGUAGGGUAUUGCAUUACCAAACCCCAAGUGAUCUUCAAGUUGGAGCAAGGCGAACAGCCCUGGUCCUUAGGGGAAGAAUUCCUAAACCAGAGGUACCCAGAAUAUUACAAAGUUGAUGUCCACGUUACAGAGAACCAGGAAAAACAAGAGAAAGCUCUGUGGCAAGUAAUAAUCAGUAACAACAAAACAUUGAGUAAAGAAGGGCAGAAAGUUAUAAGAAAACCAAUUAAUCUGGAUAUAACUCCAGAUUUUUCAAGAAAAAUGCCGUGUAAAUGUGACUCAUGUAGAACGAAUUUGUCAGUUGUUUCUGAAUUGAUUGUUAGUGGUAGAAACUGUUCAAGAAAAAAGACUGAUUACAUGAAUGUAUAUGAAAAGUUGCAGCUUGAUAUUAAACAUGAGAGAACUCUUAUUGGAGAGCAAUCUUACAAAUACAAUAAAAAUGUGAACGCUGUCAGUCGUAAAGAAUGUCAUCAGAAAUUUCAAAUUGUGGAACAGCCUUUUGAACGUAAUGAACUUGGAAAAGUUUUACAUGAUGAGACUGUUGUGUGUGUUACAGCUCAGAAUUGUCUAACAGGAGAGGAAUCCUGUCACGAUGAUGACUUUUGGAAAAACUGUGAUAAAGCAACUGUAUUUGACCCAAUGAGAGCUGGCACAACAGAGAAAUGCUGUGAUAUUAAUGAAUGUGGGAGAUCCUGUGACAAACCGUAUGAAUGUAAAGACUGCGGGAAAACUUUCUCCCAAAGGAUAACCCUGUGUAAACCCUAUGAAUGUAGUGAAUGUGGGAAAACUUUUACCCAAAAUUCACGUCUUGGAAGACAUCAAAGAAUUCACACAGGCGAGAAACCCUAUGAAUGUAGUGAAUGUGGGAAAACUUUUGCCCAAAAUUCAGGCCUUAGAACACAUCAGAGAAUUCGCACAGGGGAGAAACCCUAUGAAUGUAAUCUAUGUGGGAAAACUUUCUCCUGAAAGACACACCUAUACGUACAUCAGAGAAUUCACACAGGGGAGAAACCCUAUGAAUGUAAUGAAUGUGGGAAAACUUUUCCCCAAAAUUCAAGCCUUAGAAUACAUCAGAGAAUCCACACAGGGGAGAAACCUUACGGAUGUCUUGAAUGUCGGAAAACUUUUGAUAAUGAUUCAAUUUUCAGGGUACACCAGAGAAUUCACACAGGGGAGAAACCCUAUGAAUGUAAUGAAUGUGGGAAAACUUUUUCCCAAAAGACACACCUGUCUACACAUCAGAAAUAUCACACAGGGUAGAAACCUUACGGAUGUCGUGAAUGUGGGAAAACAUUUGCUGAUAAUUUAAUCCUCAUGGUAUACAAGAGGAUUCACACAGGGGAGAAACCCUAUGAAUAUAAUGAAUGUGGCAAAACUUUCUGCCUUAGAAUACAACAGAGAAUUCACACAGGAGAGAAACUUUAUGCACCUCAUGACUGUGGGAGAUAUUUUGCCCGUAAGAUACAACUCAGUACACAUCAAAGGAUUUAUACAGGUGAAAAACUUUAUGAAUGUACUGAAUGUGUUAAAACCACCUCUCAGAAGUCAUUUCUCAGUGGACACGAGAGAAUUCACAAAGGGGGAAAUACCUUAUGAAUGUAAUGUGGGAAAGCAAUUGUCUAUAAAGCAGCCCUCAUAAUCCAUCAAAGAAUUAACACAGGACAGAAACACUAUGAAUGUAAUGACUGUGGGGAAAGUUUCUCCCAAAGGACACACUGUGUGCUCAUCAGAGAAUUCACACGGGAGAACCCCUAUGAAUGAAUGAAU